GGCGCGCGAGGCGGGCUGUUCCUGUCCAGGGUCUCGCGGCGUGCCUUCGGGCUGCUUCUGCCUUGGAGGAGCUGGAGGGCCAUGGCCUCGACCAUGCUGGUCUGGCGCGCCUUGCUGCAUGCUCGCGCUAGGGUCUGAGACUUCCCUAGCAGCUCCGCUGCCAGCGGAGACUCAGUUCUCAGAAGUGCCUUGAACAACUUAGCCACCUUAACCAGUAAUAUGGUGCUGUCAUUUCUGAAGUGUGUGCAAGAACUUUUGCUAGUCUUUGCCUUGUCCAUAGCCUCUUCCUGGUGUAAUGGCUUUCUCUACCAUGACUAUUGUAUUAUUGGGGCUGGCCCUUCAGGCUUGCAGAUGGCCUAUUUCCUUCAGCACGCAGGUCGGGACUACGUUGUCUUUGAACGUGGAAGUACACCAGGGCGCUUUUUCACCUUGUAUCCCCGUCAUCGAAAAUUGAUCAGCAUCAAUAAACGUUACACUGGCAAAUCCAAUAGUGAAUUCAACCUUCGCCACGACUGGAACUCAUUACUUAGCCACAAUAGCCAACUGCUUUUUCGACACUACUCUCAGGAUUUCUUCCCUGAUGCAGAUGCUAUGGUGCAUUAUCUGGCUGAUUUUGCUUCCAUGCUAGACCUCCAGGUGCACUAUAACACAUCCAUUGUACUUGUGAUGCUGGAAAAAGACCCCAAAGCUUGGAAUGGUCAUUACUUCAUCCUUACUGACCAAAAUGCUCAGAGUUACAAAUGCAGUGUCCUUUUGGUGGCCACAGGUAUGUGGAUUCCUCACAAGGUGAACUUUCCAGGUUCAGAAUAUGUUGAAGGUUAUGAAUCUGUGUCAACUGACCCAAAAGAUUUUGUUGGUCAAUCUGUAUUGAUCUUGGGUCGGGGAAAUUCUGCGUUUGAAACAGCGGAGAACAUUUUGGGUGUCACCAAUUUUGUACACAUGGUAGGCCGCUCUCGAGUUCGUCUUUCUUGGGCUACUCACUAUGUUGGAGAUCUGAGAGCAAUUAACAAUGGCCUCCUGGACACAUACCAGUUGAAGUCUCUGGAUGGACUUAUAGAGGGUGAUCUAGAAGACCUAGUUCUCAUCAAAGAUAGAAAAGGAAAGCUGCAUAUCACCCUCCGGUUCUACUUGGAGAACAGCAAUAGCAGUGACCCAGAAUCUGUCACUCUUCCACAGGAUGAAUUAGACAACUUUGCCACUCGUGCACCUUAUGACCGUGCCAUUCGCUGCCUGGGCUGGAAGUUUGACUUUUCCAUAUUCAACAAGUCUGUUGGCUUGAUGCAAGGUAAAGGCAAUAAGAAGAAGUAUCCUUUGAUCAAGCCCAGCUAUGAAGCCAAAGCUACUCGAGGUCUCUUUCUUCUGGGAACUGCAAGCCACUCAGCUGAUUUUAGGAAAGCUGCUGGAGGUUUUAUUCAUGGGUUCCGAUACACAGCCCGUGCAGUUCAUCGCUUGCUGGAAGUCCGUCACCACAACGUGCCCUGGCCAGCCUCCAACUACCCCGUUGUGCAGCUAACAAAUGCUAUUGUCAGGCGGGUGAAUGAGGCAUCAGGGCUCUAUCAGAUGUUUAGUGUGUUGGCAGACAUCAUUCUCCUGAAAGAGAAUGCUACAAAAUUUGAAUACCUGGAGGAGUAUCCAGUUGGAGUCCUACAAGACCUGGAAUGGCGCACAGGGAGAAAGGUGCAGAAUGGACUUUUUGUCAUUAUGAUGGAGUAUGGAAAGAACUUCUCUGGUCCUGACAAGGAUGUCUUCUACUAUAACCGUGCAGUAGGGGAGCCACAGCAUGCUUGGCAGUCUAACUUCCUGCAUCCUGUUAUUUAUUACUAUAAGCAGCUUCCCACUGAAUGCGAGAUGAGGCUUUGCUCACCAGAUUGGCCCCUGCCCCGCCCAGAAGCAAUCCAUCACAUUGUGGAGGACUUCCUGACUGACUGGACUGCUCCAAACGCACACGUCCUCCCACUGCGACGUUUCUUGGAGAAUUGCCUCAAAACUGACUUGCGCAGAUUCUAUGCAGAGUCCUGCUUUCUGUUUGCCUUCACUCACUUGAAGUUGCCUCCCUUCUGCCAGCAAGGGUACGUGAGAAAGCAAGGGCUUGUGGGAAGUGAAAAGCUUCAGCGUCACAGAGUAGCAGCAGAGCUGGUUGAGGACUAUACAGCCAUGGAGUCUUCAGAUGAACAGGAGAGUGGCACUGUGCAAUCCCACGACCAGCUGCUGAAAGGUGCCAAGAUAUCCAGUCAUCAGCUGCAGCAUCUUAUGAGCACCAAGGAUGAAUUUUAGCCUCUACUCAACUGUUUUGAAAUUCACAAGUGUUACAGCCACAAUACCAUGGCUAAGAUCUGUGGAGAAGCUCCAACUUCCAGUAUAUCUGCUUGGGUUCCUCCCUAUUCCUAGAUGAGGACCCCAUCUCAUAUGUACCAUGUUCUUGCACAAACUUGCAGAUCUGUAUGAGCAUGAAUUUCUAUGUUGGUUGGUGGAACCAAACAGAUGAGACUUUAGUGGGAUGCUGUUAGCCUCUGGAGGUGGGAAAUAGACAACAGAGAAGAGUGAUGAUCUCUAGGCCAGUAAGAGUGAAUAGCUAAGCCUGGCUCCUUUUAUACCAGGUAGUCAAAAUGCACUGUUACUAUAGUCAUUAGCGCAGUGUUUCUCAACCUUGGCAACUUGAAGAUGUGUGGACUUCAACUCCCAGAAUUCCCCAGCCAGACUUAUCCACACAACUUCAAGCGGCCAAGGUUGAGAAACACUGCAUUAGUGUGUUCUGUAGGACUGGCAUUCUUGUGUGCCAGCUUGCUUAUUUCAAGACAGAAUAUUCUUGCAUGUUAACAGAAUAUCUCUUCUGUUUGCACUAUGCCUCAAUUUAGUUCAGUCAAGUGUUUCCUAUUAUAAAUGUAUUUUUAAUAUUUUUUUAAGGUAAGAGUAGGUUAGGGAUACUGUUGGCACUUUAUUGCACCCUUUCCUUCAGUGCAUCGAUUACUUGGACUUCCAUUGAGUUGGAUGCAGCAAGCUGGAAAUAAUCCAAGCUCAUCUCUUAUUUAUAUAUUCUGGUUGUUUAGCAGAUAGAAUGAACAACAUUCAUACAUUUUCUCCUUCUGUUCCAGCAGAGUCUGUAACAAAAGGUCCCACAGCUCAAGCGGCGAGCAAAGCGCACAUUUUGCACGCAGAAGAUCCCUGCUUUGAUUCCUGGCACAUACUGCCUCAAUCUGAUGCCCUCCAGAUGUGUGGACUACAUUUCCCAAAAUUCUCAGCCAGCCAUUGUCAUGGCUAGAAAUUAGGGGGGAAAAUCCAGCACAUCUAAGAGCUAGCUAGCUAGGUUGAGGAAGGCUACACUAACAUUACCAAAUUAAACAACAACAAAAGUUGCAGGGUAGUUCUGCAAUCUGUGCCCUUACUGGUUAGAGAUGAUGAGAGUUGAAUUCCAACACAUUUGGAGGCACGUGAUUAGAGGAUAGAUAGUACUGAGUUAGAUAGGCCAAAUGUGUUCCUGAAUUCAUAUUAGAGAAACUAGGGGUAUUUAUAUGAGUCCUUGAUAGCACUUGUACUGGGCAUUUUUGGUUUGGUCACAUUAAAAUAUGCAAAAAUCAUGCAAUUCUGUCAUAUAGGAAAAUUUGAAUUCCUUAAUUACAAGCAGACUAUCUAAAUCUUUAUAUUCUCCUUUUUUAACUUCUGCAAUGACACCAGAGAAUCCAUUAAUUUUGUGUUGCCUUUAUCUGAUUUUUUUAAAAAAAAACAGUUGUAAUAUUUUUGUAUCUUUUCAUAUAGUCAUUUCUCUAUAUGUUUUUAAAUAAUACAUGUAGUUUAAAACCUCCUCCAGGGAAGUGGGGGGCAGGGGAUAGUUGUUAAUAAUGUUACAAACAGUAGCCCAAGUUGCCCAUCACUGCUAUUACGUGGUCAGUGUUGGAGAAGGAACUAGCUGUGUUCAGUUACUAAGCCAGAAACCAGCAUAACUCUCAUUUAAUGAUACUGAUGCAUAUCAAGCUACCUCCAUUAUUCUACCAUAUUACAUCUGUCUUCAUUCUUGCCUGUUCUUACUGUCCAGAUAUUGUCGCUGUUUCCUAAAUAUGCAUGAUCAGUACAGAUAGCAGCCUGAGUGGAACUUAAUCCACUCCAAAUUCAAGCAUGAAUACUUAAAAGAAAUUAUAAUUUGCAUGGCUGAUACUCAGAUUAAUAUGAACAUGUCAUUGCUUUGUGAGUUAGGGCUGGAUAUUAAUAUGGCUUAUUAAGCAAAGCCUGAGUUACAAAGUGUAUGGUUAUGCAAGGCUUUUUCCGAGGGUCAGACUUUGGUAUCGUUCAACAGAGAACAGUGAUACUUUGUUCUUCUCAGGCUACCAUAUACUUGAGUAGCUUCGAAAUCCCUUAUUCAUUAAACAUUCAGACAUUUAAUUCCAAGGGGGGAAAAGGCAAGUGCAGUUCCUUCAUUUUGAGAAUUAUCCUCUUUUCUAGAACAGUAUUUUUAUUAAGUUAAAAUACCUGUCAACCUCAAGCAAAUAAUUUAUGUAAAGUUAUACUGCCAGUAUAUUUUGUAUGGUUGUAUUCUUUUGGAUGAACCUUUUAAAAUGUUUUCAUUUUACCGUGAAAGCCUAACAGCAGAAGUAGUGUUUGUCUUUAUGGAGUGGGAAAGACUCAAGAUCCUUCCAGUCUUUCAGGAUAUUCUUAUGAGCUCAUAAAAAUAGUCUGAACAAAGGCAAUAUUUUGUCAGCUCUGAAGUCAAAACAAGAAAAAAAGACCAGUGUGAUAAAUUGGCUCACUGCAUUUCCCCCCACAAAUCAUUAAACAUUUUGAAUUUGACAGACAAUCCUUCCUUCACCAUCUUGAUCUGUGGCACUGCUAGCCUCAAAUGGUCUUAUUUGAGAUUUUAAGUUUUCAGUCUUAAAAGGUUUAAAAACUAAAAUUUUAAAUUACACGGUA